UCAAAUCUUGCAUGUUCAACUCCUCUCCCUCUUUUACAUUAAAUAUAUCUGGUAGAGAGUUGAACAUGGACCCACCUAAUCCAAAAGGGUCCCACAAAUAUGAACCACCGGCGCCGUCGAUGGCGGUGCCACCACCGCCGCCCGUAUAUCCCGGAAAUGCCAUGCCACCAUACCCGUACCCGUACCCGUACCCAUACCCAUACCCAUACCAAUACCAAUACCCAUACCCAUACCCAUACCCACAAGGGAAAUGCCUGUCGCCGGAAUCGGCUGAAUGCGCCGGGAAAGGGGACGGCGCUCCGAUGGAAUCUUUCCCAAACAAGAACGUGUGGGUCCCACCAUCUCCCGGAAAAGGAACCGCCGGAGCGUACGAAUGCGUGAACGGGUUUCCGGCGGGUCCGCCGUCGCCGAGCACCUCAAGCGUGAUGUAUCUUCAGAGAAUCGGCACCGGCAGCACAAGCGAUGGGGACCACGAAAUAGCCUGGUCAACUAACCUUUUUGGAUGUUUAGCAGAUUUUAAUACUUGUCUCAAAACAUGUUUUUGUCCAUGCAUAACGUCAGGACAAAUUGCAGAAAUUGUCAGCGAAGGAAAAACCUCAUGUUUGGAGGCAACAAUAAUCCACGGAUUGUUACUUUAUCUGUUCAUAGCCCCAUCUAUAUACACAUGCCUCAACAGAAGCAAACUGAGAAGAAGAUUCAAGUUGAAAGGGAACAAUUUCACAGAUUGCCUUACUCAUGCUUUUUGCUGCUUUUGUGCUCUCUGUCAAGAGUAUCGCGAGCUUUAUAACCAGGGAUAUGAUCCUGCCAUUGGUUGGCUUAAGAAUCUUGAGAGAGACAGAAACACAGUAGCUGUGUUCAGAAUAACUCCACCGAUAGCGGAAAAAGGGAUGGCAAGAUAAGAGUUUUUAACAGACUCGCCAUUUUGGUACGGUACUGCCCCGGAUGGAUGGCAUUCAUCAUGAGCAGAAAAUGUGGAAAAGGGGAUGAGAAAGAGAGAGGAAUUGAAGACUACACAAUUUAGGAGAGGGCUUUGGGGCUUUGUUAAAGGAGCUACACAAGCUAAGAUUGAAGAUCUGGAUGCAUGUAUAUAUGCAUUGCAAUUUUUGAAAUUAAGACUUAGAUCUAAUAUGAAUAUGUUUUUGGAAUAUAUUGAAAUUGUACGUAUAGUAGAAUGCUCUUGAUGGAUGCUUUGCUUAAUUGGAAAAAAAAAAAAUACUCGAAACAAGUUUUUUGGUAAACCUAUUUACUUGUAUUGAGUUAUUAUAUGUCUUUUACUUUGAAAAUUAAAAAAAUUUCAAGAAAA